GAGCCUCCGUGGGUCCCCGCCCCCGUCACGUGGGCUCCAGACCCGGCCACCGCCGGUCGCUCCGCUGGUGGUGGGUCGGUCAGUUGGUCGGUGGGUCAGUGACCUGCACCUCGGCUCCCAGCGCUCAUGUUCGGAGGUGGGAAGGACACGGGAGCGGCCCGCACACCUGAGCCGCCCGGAGAGGAGUCCCGCACCCAGGAGGAAGAGGAGGAGGCUGAGCAGGCAGAAGGAGUCAUGGCCUCUGAGGCCAGCCACGCACUGGCAGCUGCCCUGGAGCAGAUGGACGGGAUCAUUGCAGGCACGAAAACGGGUGCAGAUAUUGGUGACGGUACCUGUGAGCCUGGACUGGCCUCCCCGGCCUCCUACUUGAACCCCUUGCCAGUGCUCCAUCUCGUGGAGGACCUGCGGCUGGCCCUGCAGACGCUGGAGCGUCCUCAGGAGAGGGCGGUGCUCCUGAGCCAGAUCCCAGGCCCCACAGCUGCCUACAUAAAGGAGUGGUUCGAGGAGAGCUUGUCCCAGGUAAAUCACCACGGUGCUGCUAAUAAUGAAACAUACCAGGAACGCCUGGCACGUCUAGAAGGAGACAAGGAGUCCCUCAUAUUACAGGUGAGUGUCCUCACAGACCAAGUGGAAGCCCAAGGAGAGAAGAUUCGGGACCUGGAGGUGUGUCUGGAAGGACACCAGGUGAAGCUCAAUGCUGCUGAAGAGAUGCUUCAACAGGAGCUGCUAAGUCGCACAUCUCUGGAGACUCAGAAGCUCGAUCUGAUAACUGAAGUGUCUGAUCUGAAACUCAAGCUGGUUGGCAUGGAGAAGGAGCAGAGAGAGCAGGAGGAGAAGCAGAGAAAAGCAGAGGAGUUACUGCAAGAGCUCAGGCGCCUUAAAAUCAAAGUGGAAGAGUUGGAAAAUGAACGGAACCAGUAUGAGUGGAAGCUGAAGGCCACAAAGGCUGAGGUGGCCCAGCUGCAGGAGCAGGUGGCCCUGAAGGAUGCAGAAAUUGAGCGUCUACACAGCCAGCUCUCCCGGACUGCAGCGCUCCACAGUGAUCAUGCAGAGAAAGACCAAGAAAUUCAACGACUGAAAAUUGGGAUGGAAACUUUGCUUAUUGCCAAUGAAGACAAGGACCGCCGGAUGGAGGAGCUCGCGGGGCUGUUAAACCAGUACCGAAGGGUGAAGGAGAUCAUGCUGGCAACGCAAGGGCCGUCAGAAAGAAAUCUCUCAAUCAAUGAAGAAGAGCUGGAGGGAAGUUUCAGAAAGUGGAACACUACAAAUAAAGGCCCCGAAGAGAUGCCUCCAAGAUGUAGCUCUCCUGGAGUGGGGCCACCUCCACUUCCACAGAAAUCACUGGAAACCAGGGCUCAGAAAAAACUCUCCUGUAGUCUAGAAGACUUGAGAAGUGAACCUGUGGAUAAGUGUGUCAACGGGAACAAACUGUUCCUGGUGGGAGAAUCCAAGGACAGCCCUUUCCUGGCGGAGCACAAAUACCCCACGUUACCUGGGAAGCUUUCAGGAGCCAUGCCCAAUGGAGACGCUGCCAAAUCUACUCCCACCAGCCCUCAGCCUGACCCCACAGGAAACAGCCUACGGAGGCUGAAUCGUGGCCGGAGUGUCAGUGCCCCCGUAUUAGGAGAUACUGAAAGCGGUUGGGAUGAUACUGUGAUGACCAACGACUUCUCAUCCACGUCAUCUGGUACGGAGUCGGGUCCACAGUCUCCCCUGACACCAGAUGGUAAACGGAGCCCCAAAGGCAUCAAGAAAUUCUGGGGAAAAAUCCGAAGAACUCAGUCAGGAAAUUUCAACACCGAUGCACCGGGGAUGGCAGAGUUUCGGCGAGGUGGACUCCGGGCAACUGCAGGGCCAAGGCUCUCUAGGACGAGAGACCCCAAGGGUCAGAAAAGUGACCCCAAUGCCCCCUUCGCCCAGUGGAAUACGGAGCGCGUGUGCAUGUGGCUGGAGGACUUCGGCCUGGCUCAGUACGUGAUCUUUGCCAGACAGUGGGUGACUUCUGGCCACACUUUACUGACCGCUACCCCUCAGGACAUGGAAAAGGAGCUGGGAAUUAAGCACCCUCUUCACAGGAAGAAGCUGGUUUUAGCCAUAAAAGCCAUCAACACCAAGCAGGAGGAGAAGUCUGCACUCCUGGACCACAUCUGGGUGACACGUUGGCUUGAUGAUAUUGGCUUACCCCAGUACAAAGACCAGUUUCAUGAAUCCAGAGUUGAUGGGCGCAUGCUGCAGUACCUGACUGUGAAUGAUUUACUCUUCUUAAAAGUCACCAGCCAACUACAUCAUCUCAGCAUCAAAUGUGCCAUUCACGUGCUGCACGUCAACAAGUUCAACCCCCACUGCCUGCAUCGGCGGCCAGCUGAUGAGGGCAACCUUUCUGCUUCAGAAGUUGUGCAGUGGUCCAACCACAGGGUGAUGGAGUGGUUGCGAUCCGUGGACCUGGCGGAGUAUGCACCCAACCUUCGUGGGAGCGGCGUCCACGGAGGUCUCAUUAUCCUGGAGCCACGCUUCACUGGGGACACCCUGGCUAUGCUUCUCAACAUCCCCCCACAAAAGACGCUCCUCAGACGCCACCUAACUACCAAAUUCAAUGCUCUGAUUGGUCCUGAGGCUGAACAGGAGAAGCGGGAGAAAAUGACCUCACCAGCUUACACACCACUGACCACCACAGCCAAAGUCCGGCCAAGGAAACUGGGAUUCUCACAUUUUGGAAACAUAAGGAAGAAGAAGUUCGACGAAUCAACAGACUACAUCUGCCCUAUGGAGCCCAGUGACAGCAUCGGUGACAGGGUCUACAGUGGCUACCGGGGCCCCGGCCCACUCGAUGCCCCCGAAGUGGAUGGGCUGGACCAGAUGGCACCUUCAGAAGGCACGGUGACGCAGAUAGGGCUCCUCUCCCGAGACAUCCACCGCCUCACGACCAUGCUGAGCCAGGACCAGAUGCUGAACGACUCUCCCCUGGCUGCUCCCAACUCCGAGGACUGGAGGUGACUUCAUGGCGGAGAGCCGGAGAGGCCUGUGUGGACCCCAGGCUCUGCUGCAGAGCCAGGCGGAGGCGGGCUGGGCGCCUGGGACGUGGGUGCUGGCGGCAGGGCACUGGGGCUUGGACAGAUGUGGCCCCAGCGCCCCACAUCUUCAACAGUGCUGUGCCCUUCGCC